UACUGCACUCGUGGUAGACUAGUUAGAUUAUGAGCAAGACGUCGUCGACUCGUGAUAUCAUAUCCUGUGAUUCAGCCCGCCUCGUCUCACAUUACACCAUUACACAUGACAGACACCAUUCGUACGACAAAACACGCCGCAUCCCAAGGACUUAAAGGCGAAGGCACACAAGCUGUUAGCAGGAAGAUCGCCAGAAACUUCGAACACGCAACCCGCAAAGUCUGAACCAACAAUCACGAAUGGACUGCCGAUGUCGCCCAUCGAACCGAUACCUGCACCCGUGGAGACUGUAGAACCUGAACCAGAAACGCCAGUACAUCACGAAUUAGCGAAAGAAGAGGACAGCGACACGCAAACUGCCGCUGAUAGAGAUUCAUCUGACGGAGAAAACGACGACAACGAUUCAGACGAAUUAGAGCGGGCGGGCGCGCGGCGCGUGGCGUGGCGCAGCGGCGUGGCGGAGCGCGGCGCCGCGCCGGCCGGCCGGCUGCACCGCCGCGACACGCCGCACCACCUCAAGAACAAGCGCGUCAACCAGAUCGACGCGGGGCGCGCGCGCGAUCUCAUUGCGCAGGUGCGCGACACCUAUACGACUACAUGCCGCCGACCGCGUUCAUACAUUCUAUAACAGCAAUCUUCAUUCAUCUUCGAGGGUAGUUUUGCACUCAACUGAACUGGGGUCAAUCACAGUCUUUCGGUGAAAGUUGU